AUGGCCUUGGAGCUGGUACUGCAGGCGACGCGAAGGGGUGACUUGGAUGUACUUAAGACCCUGCACGCCUCCGGUAAGCUGAAGCUCUCGCUGCGCGACCAGCUGGACGCACUGCCCAUGCACCACGCGGCCCGCGCCGGCAAGCUGCCGUGCCUGCGCUUCCUGGUGGAGGUGGCCGCCCUGCCCGCCACGGCCCGCGCCCGCAACGGCGCCACACCGGCCCACGAUGCCGCUGCCACCGGCCAACUCUCUUGCCUGCAGUGGCUGCUCUGGCAGGGCGGUUGCGAAGUGCAGGACAAAGACAAUUCUGGUGCCACAGUCUUGCAUCUGGCUGCCCGCUUCGGCCACCCCGAGGUGGUAAACUGGCUGCUGAAUUAUGGCGGCGGGGACCCUACAGCAGUCACAGACACGGGAGCCCUGCCUAUCCACUACGCUGCCGCCAAAGGAGACUUCGCCUCCCUGAGGAUGCUCGUCCAGUGCUACCCUGAGGGAGUGAAUGCCCAAACCAAGAACGGUGCCACGCCCCUGUACCUGGCAUGCCAAGAAGGCCACCUGGAGGUGACGCAGUACCUGGUGCAGGAGUGCGGUGCGAACCCACACCUGAGCGCUCACGACGGCAUGUCCCCGCUGCACGCCGCUGCACAGAUGGGCCACAGUCCGAUCAUCGUGUGGCUGGCGAGCUGCACGAACCUGAGCCUGGCGGUGAAGGACAAGGACGGCGCCACCGCCAUGCACUUCGCCGCAAGCCGUGGCCACGCCAAAGUGCUCAGCUGGCUCCUGCUGCACGGCGGCGAAAUCUCAGCCGACAUAUGGGGCGGGACCCCCUUGCACGAUGCGGCCGAGAACGGGGAACUGGAGUGCUGCCAGGUCCUGGUUGUCAACGGUGCGUUGCUGGAUGCCCGGGACCGGGACGGGUACACAGCCUGUGAACUCGCCGACUUCAAUGGCCACACCCGCUGCACCCGCUACCUGCGCACCGUGGAGAACAUGAGCGUGGAGCAUCGCGUGCUGUCCCGGGACCCAUCUGCUGAGCUGGAGCCAAAGCAGCUUGACUCGGGCAUGUCCUCACCCAACACCACCAUGUCGGUCCAGCCUCUGAAUUUCGACCUCAGCUCGCCCACCAGUACCCUCUCCAACUAUGACUCCUGUCCCUCCAGCCGCUCCAGUCUGAAGGGUCUGCACCCUACACGUGGGUUCUCUAGCACUAGGGCUGCUGACAUCCAGACCUACAUGGACAUGCUGAAUCCGGACCUGGGCCUGCCUCCUGGCAAAAUGAGGCAGCCCAAACCUCCAGCACCACCCAACUUUCCCCCACCACCCCCACCCCCAGGCACUCAAGUGCCCCCACCCCCACCGGGCUACCCAGCCCCCAAGCCUCCUGUGGGGCUCCAAGCAGCUGACAUCUAUGUGCAGACCAAGAACAAACUGCGCCAUGUGGAGGCUCACAAGGAGCAGAGUUCCCGAGACGGCCACAUCGGACUGCGAAGGCAGGACUCCUGCCGCAAGCCCCGCGCCAUCAGCAAGCAGCCCAGCACGGGGGACUACUACCGCCAGCUGGGCCGCUGCCCCAGGGAGCCGCUGGCCGCGCUCCCGGGCAUGGCGCACAGCGAAGAGGUGCGUGCCCGCCAGCCCGCGCCCGCUGACCUCCCGGAGCCCGGCCGCGCCGCCCGCCGCUCACUCGCCGGCCCCUCCGCUCCCUCUCAGGCGGCGCUGCUCUCCGGGAACCACAUACACAACGGCUGCAUCGCUGACCCCAAGGCAUCCAAGGAGCUGCCCCCGCCGCCGCCGCCUCCUCCGCCGCCUCUUCCUGAGGCCCAGAGUUCGCUGCCCCCUGCACCGCCUCUGCCUUUGGAGGGCGCGGGCUCCAGCUGCGGACAGCGCCGCUCCUCCUCGUCCACCGGCAGCACCAAGUCUUUCAACAUGAUGUCCCCAACGGGCGACAACUCGGAGCUGCUGGCUGAGAUCAAGGCGGGCAAGAGUCUGAAGCCAACACCGCAGAGCAAGGGGCUGACCACGGUGUUCUCUGGCAGCGGGCAGCCGGCUUCUCAGCCCGACUCGCCGCUGCCGCAUGUGUCGCCCGCGCCCUCACGAGCCCGCAGCCCUACCCCGCCGGCCGCCGGGCCCCAGCCGCUACUCAACGGCAGUCUGGCCCCUGCGCCGCCCGCCACCCCGGCGCCAGGCGUGCAGCUAGACGUAGAGGCGCUCAUCCCCACGCACGACGAGCAGGGCCGGCCCAUCCCGGAGUGGAAGCGUCAGGUGAUGGUGCGCAAGCUGCAGCUGAAGAUGCAAGAGGAGGAGGAGCAAAGGAGGAAGGAGGAGGAAGAAGAGGCCCGACUGGCCAACAUGCCUGCCUGGAGGCGGGACCUCCUGCGGAAGAAGCUGGAAGAGGAGAGGGAGCAGAAGCGGAAAGAGGAGGAACGACAGAAGCAGGAGGAGAUACGGCGGGAGAAAGAGCAGUCGGAGAAGCUGAGAACGCUGGGUUACGACGAGACCAAGCUGGCACCUUGGCAGCGACAGAUCAUCCUGAAGAAGGGCGACAUCGCUAAGUACUAG